GAUGAUGGUGGUGCCGGGUGUUGUUGUGAAUUGUCAGGGAAGAUGAGUGAGAUCGUGGAGAGGACACUGAGCGCCCUGCCUGGCCUCCUACUACAGGAGCCCCCGCCUGGAGCCAGUUCUAAGCUGGGGAGUCUGAUCAGGAAUAUCACCGGGCUCAGCUCCAGACAGGAAGAAGAAAAACUAAUUCAACAAGAACUUGCCAGUUUAAGAUCAACUGUGUCCUCUCCAAAUACAACAUUGAGACAGAUGAAGGAGUGUAUGGGUCAGGCUCAUUUACUGUGAAAUGCUUGGCUAUGAAGCUUCCUUUGGCUAUAUACAUGCUAUUAAAUUAGCACAACAAGGAAAUCUACUUGAAAAACGAGUUGGAUAUCUUGCAGUGUCACUGUUCCUUCAUGAGAACCACGAGUUGCUGCUCUUGUUAGUAAAUACAGUCCUAAAGGACUUGCAGAGCACCAAUCUGGUGGAGGUGUGUAUGGCUUUGACUGUGGUGAGUCAGAUAUUUCCUCGAGAGAUGAUUCCAGCUGCUUUGCCACUCAUAGAGGACAAGCUGCAACAUUCUAAGGAAAUCGUGAGAAGGAAAGCAGUGUUGGCAUUGUAUAAAUUUUAUAUGAUUGCGCCCACACAAGUACAGCACAUACAGGAGAAGUUUCGGAAAGCUCUGUGUGAUCGGGAUGUGGGAGUCAUGGCUGCCUCUUUACAUAUAUAUCUGCAGGCCAUCAAGGACAACCCAUCUGGAUACAAAGACCUGACAGGCUCAUUUGUCACAAUUUUGAAACAGGUGGUUGGAGGAAAGCUACCUGUAGAUUUUAAUUACCAUAGUGUCCCAGCACCCUGGCUUCAAAUUCAACUCUUACGGAUAUUGAGACUAUUAGGAAAGGAUGAUCCCAGCACCAGCGAGUUAAUAUAUGAUGUGUUGGACGAGUCCUUGCGGCGAGCGGAAAUAAAUCAUAAUAUCACGUAUGCUAUUCUAUUUGAAUGUGUCCAGACUAUUUAUACUAUUUAUCCAAAAUCUGAUUUAUUUGAAAAAGCUGCAAAAUGCAUUGGAAAAUUUGUUUUGUCUCCAAAAAUUAAUCUAAAGUAUUUGGGGCUGAAAGCUCUUACAUAUGUUAUUCAGCAAGAUCCUAACCUGGCACUUCAACACCAAAUGACCAUAAUUGAGUGCUUAGACCAUCCUGAUCCCAUCAUUAAAAGAGAGACACUGGAACUCCUCUAUCGAAUUACCAAUGAACAGAAUGUCACUGUUAUUGUACAGAAAAUGUUAGAAUAUCUGAAAGAAAGCAAGGAUGAAUAUGCAAUAAUCACCUUGGUUGGAAAAAUAGCAGAUUUGGCAGAAAAAUACUCCCCAAACAACCAGUGGUUUGUUGAGACCAUGAAUAUUGUAUUUUCUAUUGGAGGAGAUAUGGUACACCCAGACAUUCCCAACAACUUUCUACGACUCCUAGCUGAAGGAUUUGCUGAUGAAAAGGAAGAUGGACAGCUGAGGCUGUAUGCAGUGCAGUCUUAUCUUGCCUUACUGGAAAUGGAGAAUGUGCAUUAUCCCCAGCGCUUCCUACAGGUUAUCAGCUGGGUGCUGGGUGAAUAUGCCUACCUUGCCAAGCACAUAUCUACAGAAUCUGUGAUGAGAAAACUGUAUGACCUGUUCUUUCAAGGUUCUGUUACCUCUGAAACUAAGGCCUGGAUUAUGGCAGCAAUAACAAAGCUGGCUGCAGUCACUCACCACUGCUCAUUAGUGGAUAAACUAAUCCAAGAAUUCUCUACCUGUCUGGACACAGGUAUAAGGCAACAGGCUUGUGAAUUAAAGGCUCUGUGGGAGGAUGCACAGCUAAUACAGAGGCUUUUUCCACUGAACUCCAGCUGUGAGGACUUAUCGGUUGAUGCCUCUCUUUCUUUUGUGGAUGGAUUUGUGGCCGAGGCUCUCAGUAAAGGGGCAGCACCAUAUAAGCCUCAUCACCAGCGCCAAGAAGAAAAGCUUUCCCGGGAAAAGGCUUUGAAUCUAGAACCAUAUGGACUCUGCUUUUCUCCGAGUUUACCUUCUGUAGGCCUGACUGAUGGGCACUCACCCUCUGGAAUCUCUGUGGUAUCUGAGGCUUCCGGGAACAGUGUUGACACUGGACAAAAGGAGGAGAAUCGCCUGAAGAUGGAUGGUGUAAAGAAAGUCUGGGGGAAAGAAGGUUACCUGUUAAAAAAGGAAAGUAAAUCUAGUAAAUCCGAGUCUAUCUCUCCUCCACUGGAAAGCGGUAUAUCACUGGGUGAGGAUGAAGAGCAUCCUGAGAUGUCUGGGGAACAAUCCUUGGAGCCUAUUUCAGAAGAUGAACGAGAAAAAAAACAACUGGCUUCCUCAUUGUUUGUUGGUCUUGGAUCCAGUGCUGUCAGCUUGAUGGGUAAAACAGACCAAUCAACGCACAAGUUCAAGAGGAAAUCAAAGAUGGGAAAUAAAAUUACAGAUAAAGCAUCCUUGUACACAUUUGUGGAUCAGAAUCAUGUAAUGCAGACUUUACCAAAUGAUGCCCACUCCAUGGACUCAAGACUGGCUACACAAGGGCCUGGCACUAUUGGAGAGCAUACUGUUGAUUCAGAGGUUUCAUCUUUGUUUGCAAACACUAACCUGGACAUCGUACAAGUAAAUGAACCAUCCUUGCCCAUACACAAAGUCUCCCGAACUCUCUUUGUGCCAUCCUUGCCUCCUGAACUCGCCCAGUAUACCCACACAGAGCUCACUGAGCUCACAAGCAAUGGAACUCUGCGCAUCUACUCAAGUAAAGUAUGGAAGGAUGACAGUGUCUUGUUGGCUUUGGUAUUUGUCAAUCAGGAUUCUUCAGCAAUAAAAUGUAUUACUGUGAAGAUGGAAGACUCUGAGAGUGUUACUGUUUCCAAGAGUCUUUGUUGUCAGCUCUCUCACCUGGAAGGAGCUGGAGUUCAGCACUGCUGGGAAUGUGUACAGCUGAAGAAACCGUGUAAUAAUGUGACAGUCUCAGGCUGUGUCACUUACCAGUUAGAUUCAGAGGUGCCUUCUCUAAUGAACUUUUCCAUAGAAUUUGUGCUGCUUGAUUUUAUCAGAUCAUUGGCAAUAUCCACUGAAGAGUUUGGUAAAUUGUGGCCGACCCUCUCGAAUGAUGUGAAGGAAAAAAUUCAGAUCCCAAAUCCCCAACAGUCUCUUCCUGAAUUAUUUUCAGUGUUGCAGCACAAAUUAAACCUUCAUAUUGUAGAAGUUAUUGGUGAUGAAGGGAUAGUCGCAUGCCAGCUGCUGCCCUCCGUCCCAUGUCUUCUGCACUGUCACCUUCAGGAAGGAAUGCUGCUUCUAUGGAUAAGAUCAUCAUCUUCUGCUUUAUUGGACUGCUUACUUUAUCAAUGCCAAAAAGCCCUUGAGGACCACUAA